CAAAGCUUAGAUAGAAUGUUCAGCACUGAUCCAAGUUCAGAUCAGUGUGAUCUUGGUUUAAACUUUAAAUUUCCUAACAUCUUUUUGCCUGUCAGUGAUGACUCUAGCAAUAAUGUCAAUUCAUUUGUUGCUGAUGAUGAGCAUUUAGUUGAUGUGUCUGAUAAUAUCAACCCUAAUUUCUACCAUUUUUUCUCUCAAGAAAAUAGCAUUAGUAGCAGCACUGAUGCUAGUAAUGGCACCAUCUCUAUUUCCUAUCCAAAUCGUGAGGGUUUCCCAUUUUAUCCUUCUAAUAUUGUUCCACCAAUAUCAAACGAUUUGUGCGAUCAAUCUGUUCAGUUUUGUAUGAUGAACAAGAUCAACAACUCGUCGCCAACGGGCCAAUGUUUUUCUGAAAGAAGUCUCUACUUGACACAAGAUGUAGCACCAGAGAAUGUUAGAAUGGAGAAUCCACUUGUUUCAAGUAGGGAAAUUUCUCUCAAACGGAAGCUUGAAAUGCCGGAGUUGCCCGAUGCAGUGGAUGAUGAACUCGCGAAUGAGAUAACAGAUAAGAUCCCCAAGAAAAGAAUUCGAGUUUCAAAAGACAAUAAAAAUAAGAAUGCGCAAUCGAAAAAGAACCAGAAGAUGAAUGACACAGAAGAGAGAAACAAUAAAAACAAUGGAGAAAUGAAUGGACAAAGCUCAAGCUCUUGCAGCUCCCAUGAUGAUUUGAAUAGAGCAAGUAACUCAGAUUGUAAAACAAGAGCGAGUAGAGGAACCUCAACCGAUCCCCAAAGCCUUUACGCGAGGAAAAGAAGAGAAAGGAUAAAUGAGAGACUGAGAAUCCUUCAGAACCUUGUACCAAAUGGUACAAAGGUUGACAUUAGCACAAUGCUUGAAGAAGCUGUCGAAUAUGUGAAGUUCUUGAAGCUCCAAAUUCAGUUGUUGAGCUCCGAUGAUAUGUGGAUGUAUGCUCCUAUAGCUUACAAUGGAAUGGACAUGGGUCUCUACCAAAAUAUUACACCAAGUCUACCAAAUUGAUAAUUCUUGGGAUUUUAGAUUAUUUAAGUUUGUGUAUAAGAAUGAAUGAACUUUAAUAUUGGAUUUAAGCAAAUAUUCAUAUUUAAUUAUCA